AUGUCUUCAAAGUCUUUUUCAUUCAAGUGUGUAGAUGCUUCACAUCUUGUUCUUCUACUUCUUUGUACUUUCCCAAAAAGGUUUUUGAUUCUUCUUUUCAAGUCAGAAGAUGGAAGAAUUCCGAAGAUGAUGCCAAAGAAGAACUUGAUGUCGAUCAAUCAAGUUGUUUGUUAUAAACUAGUUUUUCACGUUGUAAAAUCAUAA